UAUAUAUGUGAUAUAAUUAUUUUUUUUAUAUACUUAGUAUAUACCUAAGUAUAUAUAAAAAUAUAAUCACCAUUUUUCCCAUCCCGCCGCUUCGACUCAGUCAUGAUUCCCGGAUGUGCUACCUUAUCCUAUCCUCUAACGAUAUGGGAGUGACCUAGGUCCUAGGAACGGAAAGACAUAGCGUUUUGACAGAUGCACGUUCAUUUAGAGUCCUUUGUAGGUACUAACGCCGCUCGCUCUCACCAAAGAGGUGACAACCUCCUUGGUUGACUUAGGUACACAGGAGAAGGAGGCUUAUGCAGGUCUUGCCUUACCAUUCAUUAGCGGUCGGCAUUGCUUCAUCUGAUAAUUAGCUGCUUUAUCUCAUUCAUCUCAUUCAACUGGGGUGGCUGGUGGUGGUGACAGCAUCACGGGCUUUCUACUUAUCUUAUUGGGUUAGAAAGUUGUAGUAAUUGCGCCUGUUUUUAUCGAUUUAAGUUUGGGGUUGGAAAAAAAAAAAUUAAAAAUUAAAAAAGAAAAAGAAAAGGGAUAAGGUACAUUACAUUUAUAAGGAAAGCACGGGAAGAAGGAAAGAGGAAGCAAUGGCGGGACACAAGAUCUUAGGUUACGCUGUGAGCCUCUGGCGGACCUGGCAGGCGCUGUUUGCGUCUUUCAUCCAACUUUAUGCCCGCUUCUUUCCCUUCAACUCGACACCUGACUCAGGCCUGACACCACAGCAACAAUCACCAAACCUUUCAAAAGAUUCAAAAGAUUCACCACGCUCGACAAGUUCUCAUUCAGUAAAUCCCAACCUUUCAACCGAGCAAGGGCAAGGCCAAAGCCAAAACCAAAACCAACACCAAGAUCAAAAUCAGGACCAGCACCAGUAUAAAAACCCUUCUUUAUGUCCACCUUCUCCCAGCCCCCAAUCCUCACAACAGUACCACAAUUCUCCCUUCAUAGAUCUCGAACGGGGUUUGGACUCUUCAUCUCAAGACGAUACCAUGGCGCAGUCUAAGAAACGUGGCCAAAAGCGAGGCGGUUCCAAAGGCUCAGGCCCAAAGCCUAGUGCUUCCAAUACAUCUUCUAAUACAUCUAACGCACCAACCGCCGCACAGCAAAAUGGUAUACCCAACAGGCCUACAGCUAACCAGAAUCAUGCGUCGCCUCUUGGACAACCCAGUAGCGUUACUCUCGUUGCGAAUCAAGGUGACACCAGAAUUAGCUCUCAUCAACCCGAUAGUCAAAAGCAACUCGGUCCUAAAAAUGGCGGCCGAAGCCAAGGUCUUAGCCACGGCCUUACGACUCCAACUCCUCACGUUGAUAAUAAAAAGGAGAAUGUCCCUUCUCAUAAUAUAUCAUCAUCCGUCUCUCAAUCUGAGCCGCAGCCGCUUGCCCUGAAGCCCCUCUCUGCAGAGAACCAGACACAAGCCCAGAAAACGGGUACCCGCAGCCAGCCUGUUAUCACAACCUCUGUUUCCUCUAACAAUUCUACAAUGCCGGAGAACACACCCCCAAAUGGGCAGAUCGAAAAGGUCACCGCCAGUGUUGGCCGUCUUACUCUUGAUGAUAAUACCUCCAAUACCGAACAGCCUCCUAAGCUAAGAGAUGCCUCUGGAGCCUGCGCCCCCAAUGCCCCUCCAGUAAUGGUUGCCUUACCUCUCACCGGUAGGAGCUCUGUCCAGAGACCUAUUUUACCUCCAGCUCCUAAUUUGCCUGGAUUGAUCGAACCUCAGACGGAAGAGGAACGAGUUGAGCGGGCAUACCAUCUUAAUUUCAUGCAAGAGGCACUUGCUAUGGGUAAUCUAGCUUUAAACACGAAUGAGACGCCAGUGGGAUGUGUCUUGGUCCAUAACGGGAAAAUUAUUGCCAGAGGAAUGAACGCGACAAAUAUUUCCCGUAACGGAACUCGCCACGCUGAGUUUAUGGCCUUGGAUGCACUUCUCUCCCGAGAAAAGCCUAUAGAGGGCAGCGCAGCCAGCACUAGCCCAGUCCUGGAUCACCCUAGCUGGGAGACCGUAGAUCCGACAGAGACUCAUGUAUAUCCUUACGGUCAGAAGCACCAUCCUUCCCCAGCGGUCAAACCCAGCAUUAUAUCCGAGUGUGUUCUCUACGUUACGGUCGAACCCUGCGUCAUGUGUGCCUCACUUAUGCGCCAAAUAGGCAUCAAGAAGGUCUACUUCGGCGCUGUUAAUGAUAAGUUUGGGGGAACCGGAGGCGUUUUCAACAUCCACAAGAACUCCAAACCCGUCCCCAAGCCAUCGGACCGGCCCUAUCAAAAUGGAUAUGGUCCUCAAGACGUUGAUCGUAUCCACCAAGGCAAAGCUACUCCCCUUCCAAGAGGUGAAGAUGACGGCGAUGGUGGCAACGUGGAAUCUGGAUAUCCGGUUGAAGGUGGCUAUCUUCGUGACGACGCCGUCUCAUUAUUACGGCGAUUUUACGUCCAGGAGAAUGGUAGAGCUCCUCAACCCCGCAAGAAAGAAGGCAGAGCUGCCCGCUUGUUCGCCAUGGAAAACCAGGUCAAGAACGGCGGUAGCGCUUCUGAGUUUUCGGAUGGUGGCCCCGUCGAUCACGAGGCGGCGGCUGAUGAUGGCGACGCUAUGGAAACGACCAAUGGUACUACGAACACGUAGCUCGCCAGUUCCCGAUAUCUCAGAUAUCCCCUUUAUCAUUUUACAGACAAUAUUCUAUUACGAUAGACUCGCGUCAGAUUCCCACAACUGCAUGGAUGGGAGUAUUCUCCCCGGCGUUUCUGGUCUCUUUUUCUCUUUUUCUCUUAGCCAAGGGUACAUACCGUUGGCGAGCGCGGUUAGCAUGGUUUUGGAGCUGGCAUACUGGAGGGUCGAAAAUCAUUUGUUUUGUGUCGCGAAGGCAUUGUAUGCAACUAUCUAGAUGCGUUGGUUUCUCACGGACGAUUGUGUUAGUUAGGUAGUCAUACUUAAUUGAUAUUUGUAGAACAACGAUGUUUAUACAUAAUUUUUUUUUUGGAC